CUGAAUCAUUGAAUUUGAGCAUCCCUGUCACAAAUAGACAGUUGACUGAACCUGGUUCUGGAACUUUGGCAGAGGUAGAUGGGCUGCUAGUAGCAGUAGGCAAAUUGAAUUGGGUUCAUGAACGUUUCCAGCAAAGAACGAACUCUUCUGAUCUAAAGAGAUUGGAGCGGUCUGUGAUAUCUCAGUCAUCAGUAACCAGUUCAUCAUCAAACCAUUCAAGUACAGUUGUUUAUGUUGGCCGGGAAGGAGAAGGCAUCAUUGGUGCUAUUGCGAUAUCCGAUAAUUUGCGUCCUGAUGCUAAAUCUACAAUAACUAGGCUUCAGCAGAAGGGAAUUAAAACAGUCCUCUUAUCUGGGGACAGGGAAGAGGCAGUUGCAACUGUAGCAAAGACAGUCGGCAUCGAUAAUGAAUUUGUCAAUGCUUCCAUAAUGCCACAGCAGAAAUCUGGCAUCAUCUCAAGUCUUCAGAACUCUGGCCAUCAUGUUGCAAUGGUUGGUGAUGGCAUCAAUGAUGCACCUUCUCUUGCCCUUGCUGACGUUGGGAUUGCAUUGCAAAUUGAAGGACAAGAAAAUGCUGCAUCUAAUGCAGCAUCCAUUAUACUUCUCGGAAAUAGACUUUCGCAGGUAGUAGAGGCAAUAGACCUUUCAAGGGCAACGAUGGGAAAAGUUCGUCAAAAUUUGACUUGGGCAGUAGCAUAUAAUGUUUUUGCAAUUCCUAUGGCUGCUGGAAUGCUACUCCCUCAUUUUGAUUUUGCUAUGACACCUUCUCUUUCUGGGGGUAUGAUGGCUUUGAGCUCAAUUUUUGUUGUCACCAAUUCACUGCUUCUGCAGUUCCAUGGGCAUCAGAGAAAGAGGGAAAAGAGCAUUGCCGACAAUUGAUACCAGCAAAAUGAAGCAACAUUGGUGUGAGUUGGCUUCUGUUUGACUGCAACUGAUGACCCUUUCAUUAUGAAUCAUUACAGCCCCCACUCUCAGUUGUGUAAUAUUUAAAAUGACAUGAAUUUUUCUGGGAUUUAUUUUUCUCAUGAAUAGAAAUCAGGAAUAAAUAACCUUCCACAGUUUCACGUGCAUUUCAGAAGGAAAGUAAACCCAUGCCCACAAUCAUUCGAGUAAAGCAAGGAAUAUCCAAGCGAGAGCCUAUUGGAUUGUGAUGAUAUUUUAUUUCCAUUAUAUUCCUUUCUAAGUUGUGUGAUGUGUAGAAUGUCCAAUCUAACUAGUGAAACGCAAAUUUUGCUUGUGUGCUUUAAAAUUUGUCAAAAUGUUCAGGUAGUAGCAAUGUAUUUGGAGUUAUUUCUCGGGUUGGCGUAAAUAUGUUGUAUUUAAGGGCGACCAGGACCUGUCGACCUAUCCCUGUAAAUGGUUUGUUUUUUAUUCUUUGCUUUGUGUUAAUGGGUUACAAGUUAUGAACUA